ACGAACGUGGAGAGGUGGAGCAAACCAACUCCCUAAAACGGCGGGGGGGGGGGUGGGGAUCAUUAAAUAGGCGUUUAAACUUUUAGUUUCUCAUGUUAGUUGUAACAAGAUAUCUCACCGCCUGAUGCCCCAAUGGAGAGAUCCAGCGAAUCACGUCAUGGCAAAGCAAGAACAGCCUGGACUUCUGAUCCAUGAAAUAGGGGGUGUAGAUGGUGUCCUGGAAGGGCAUGUGGAGCUCUUGAAGAAACAUUUUCAUCUUAUCACCAUGAAGGAAUUUCUUGAAAACAAAAAAAGACUGAAUGAAAAGAUCAAAUCUGUUUUUAUACAUGAGUGCAAACCAGUCAUUGACCGGGAGCUCCUCCAGAGCCUGCCUCACUUAAAGGUGAUUGCAAACUCUGGGGUAGGAGUGGAUCACCUGGACUUGAAACUGAUCGCUAGCUUUGGCAUUAAAGUGACCAAUACUCCACAUGCUGUUUCUGACUCUACUGCAGAUAUAGGGAUGGCCUUGAUGCUAGCAUCUGCCAGAAGGCUAGUGGAAGGCUGUCAGAUUUCAGUUUCUCCACAAACUGAACAUUUUGCUGCUGACUGGCUGGGAGAUGAAGUCACGGGUGCUACUCUCGGUAUCAUCGGCAUGGGCAGCAUUGGGUAUAAGGUAGCCAAGAGGGCCAAAGCUUUUGAAAUGAAAAUUCUGUAUCACAACAGGAACCAGAGAAAAGAAGAAGAGGAAAAGGCUGUUGGUGCCUGCUACUGUGAAAAGAUGGAAGACUUGCUCCAGCAAUCUGACUUCGUGAUGCUGGUCGUGAACCUAACACCUCAAACAUUCAGAUUCAUUGGGAAAAGGGAGUUAGAGCUGAUGAAACCCUCUGCUACUCUCAUUAAUAUCAGCAGAGGUGCAGUAGUUGAUCAGGAUGCAUUGGUGGAAGCUCUCCAAAAUGGGACUAUUAAGGCUGCAGCUUUGGAUGUGACAUACCCUGAACCUCUGCCAAGAGAUCAUUCAUUAUUAAAAUUAAAGAACAUUAUCAUAACUCCUCACAUUGGAACUGCUACAGUCCAAGCCACUCGGAAGAUGACAGAAGAAGCAGUAGCAAACAUCCUGGCUGUUCUCAAUGGUCUUACCAUUCCUAGUGAAGUAAUCCCUAUACGAUGUUUCAGAGAACAUACGUAUGCAUUGGCAUAUCUGUUAUAGGACUUUAUUCUACUGACUUCUACAAUAAUUUCUCAGUGUAACACUGACUAAUGAAAAGCAAACAUGUUCCUGUACAUUGAUGUCACAUUUAUGGCACCACCUAAUGCCUAUAAUUGUACUCCAAUCAUGUGAUAAUCUGAAUAAUAACAAUCUUUUUACUCA